UUCUGGAUAAGUGACAUAGCGAAACGACAGUCAAAACGAGAGCGACGAGAUCUAUCGUCGACACGUCCUAUGCCAAAAAUUUCGCCAACGACCGUCGAUUCCACCAAAUUGCCCAUUGUUGAUCAUAAGCGGGCAACGAACGACCUAUACUUUGACGAUUCGAUGGAUUCUGAGAAGUCAACCGCAGCACCCGUAUCCUACCACCAUCGCCAUCAACAGCAACAGCAGCAUCUCAAUCGUCACCAGUAUCAACUGCGUGAUGAUGACUGCCUGCCGAAUACGUCAACCGACGUCAGCUCAUCGAAGCAUUUGAUAGCUUCCGAACGAGUCCUCAUUCAAAUCCUCUAUUUUCAGUCCUCAAAUCUUUUCGGAUAG